CUCUGGUACACCAAUCACGUUCGGAGGAUUGGUCCAAAUACACCAAUAGGAAUUAGGAGCGUCUUGUUGUGGUACUGUGCUAGAUAGGUUGCGCUGUGAAGAAAAGUCACCACCUUGUAAAAGCUCUCAAAUCAAGGCCACCAGGAAUGAGCACUGUUGUAGCAUAGCAGGCUAGCUACAUGCCAAUAGGUUUGCAUUAGAAGGUCGAAAGUAGGACAGCGCCUUUGACAUUUUUCCGAACCGUUUUAUGACUACAUUGCUGCACAUUUUAGAUAUAGGGCAAUACCAAUACUCAAGUGUCAAAGUCGAACUAAUUUACCUUCGUAGCUACGUAUUUAGCAAGCUAGCUAGCUUGCUAGGUCAGGUGUAGUUAACGUUAGACAACAACAUUAGCCUUUUGCAAACAUGGCUGCGAUGAGAGUUUCCUAUCACAAACUGCUGGAUAAAAUCGGGCUAAUGUUACCAGCAAAAUUGAGACCUCUCUACAAUCACCCUGCAGGUCCAAAGACUAUUUUCUUCUGGGCCCCGAUGUUCAAAUGGGGUCUGGUCGGUGCUGGCCUGGCAGAUAUGAGUCGACCAGCUGAGAAACUGAGCAUGUCCCAGUCUGCUGUACUGACAGCCACAGGUCUGACUUGGUCCAGAUACUCUUUGGUCAUCAUUCCAAAGAACUGGAACCUCUUUGCUGUCAAUUUAUUUGUGGGUAGUGCUGGAAUAUCCCAGCUCUACAGGAUCUUCCAGUAUGAACAAGGGAAGAAGGCACUAGCAAAGGAGGAGGCUGCCCCAGCAGAGUCUUGAAUUAUGUCACCAGUCCAUCUCCAUGGACCGUAAGGGAGCUAAUCACUGGCACAAACCCAGUCCCUCCAUCCCUCUUCCAUCCUCACUCAAUUUUACAGUAGAAAAAAAACUAUGUUUCCUUGCUGUAGAUCAUGUAAUUUGCCUGGAUUUCUUCAGGGUUAUAAUGUCAUAUUAACCCUUACCAAAACACUCAAAUGUUUGUCAUCUACGCACAAGAUGUAGUAUUUUUAAGUUUUACUUCAUGCAACAAAUUGUAUGACUGUUCUCAAAUGUAUAAUUUUUAAUAUGUUCAUGAUUAAUGUUUAGCAUGCACUUUUUGGGAAGUGUUGCUUUUUUUCUGUUAUUUCUUUGAGUAGUCAUCAUUCCUCAUGGAGUGGUUUCCAAACAAGGAAGGUCUUGGAUCUGUGUUGACUGUGGUUAAAAAGAAUGUCUCCCCAAAUUAAAAAAAUUAGAUGUCACAUUCAUCCCACAUGCUUAUUCAACUAUUUUCAUCAAUAAUUUUGGUAACUAUUUCUAUAUCCGUAGGAUGAUUAAACCGUACAUGCAUACCAUGUGACUGUUCCUUCCACGUGUUGUAAAUGCUUUAACCAAUAAAUCAGGUUAAAAACAUUUCAUAUAGCUUUUAACUGUAGACUUUCAAAUGCCAAUAGUAAUAGGAAAUCACCACCUUUUUUUCCCCCGAUCAUUAGGAAGAACCUUUUGGUAAUGUGUCCUAUGUGUUGCAUUCUUGGGGGCUGAAUCUAGCGUGGUACUUGGACCCAAGAAGGACAACCUGUAUUGGCCCUGUAGUCAAGGUCCUCGUCUCGUAUUGGUUGGUUCUCAGUAGUUGGGAGACACAAUCUGUUAGUGUAACUAGAUGAGAAUUUAAAAAGUCAUUUUGUUCAUUGAUCUCUGACAUUUUAUAGCAAUAACUGGCAAAUUACAGUGGUCCAUAAUGCACUGAAACAUGAACAGGCACUUAUGUAUGUCGAGGUUAUCUUAAGUGUCUGUAUGUAAUGGAUAUGCCCUUAUUUGUUCUAACUGUUGAAUUAAACAUCUUGGCAUAUUCUGAA